AUGAAGAAUCUGAAAAGUCCGACAGCUACAUCUUCAGAACAGCCACCGCCUGUACCCCCUCAGAGAGUUCCAGAACCUCUGUCACCUUCCCAUAAACCACAGGAGCUGCCUCCGCCACCUCUUCCUCCGCACAAAACCCAUGAAUCUGGUGGGCAGAUACCACCCCCACUUCCUGGAAGAGCUCUCCCACCACCGCCCACAGAACCCCUACCUCCUGUCCCUUCAACCCCGAAGAAAAUGAUCAGCCCAUCUUUAGGCAACAUUCUGCAUCCUUCGGAAGAUUUUGAGAAUUUAUUUUACGGAAAAUGGGACUGCACUGGCUCCACGACAAAUGAACUGAGUUUUAAGAGAAGUCAGAUCGUACAUGUUAUUAGUCGAGAAUUGGAUGAUUGGUGGGUUGGGGCACUUGAAGAUAAGGUCGGUCUCGUUCCAAAGACUUAUUUGUGUCCUGCAUAUGAACUUGUCAGAUGA